AUGGACGGGAAGCACAUGAAACUGAAAGGCAAUACGGAGGCCACGAUGUCGAACUGCGCCUCGCUGCUGAAAAGGAGCCAUGCGGCCAAAGCUGGGUCGGAGCGGGCCACUACGAAGGUGCGGCUCAAGGCGAAGCCUGCCCGGGAAGAGAUCACCGCAAAGUCACUGCAGGCAGAGUUGGACACGCUUCUCGCAGCCGCCGAAAUUGAGGUGGAGCAGGUCAAGUCAGCCCAGGCCGGUGUGCUGAAGGCCCAGACAGCUGCCGAGGCAGAGGCCAAGGCCACGCCAGAGGGCGGUGGCGGAGCGCUAGACAAGGAGCUGAUCAGGUUGGCCACAGAGUUGGAAAGAUCAAGCGAGGAGGCCUCCAAGUCUGUGGCAGGAUGCAUGGCCCGCAUGGAUGGCGCCACAAACAUGAUGCGGAUACGUGGACCAACGGAGGAGCUGAAGGCUUCGGCUGGUGUUCUGCAGAAUCGGGCGCGGACGGUCAAGUCAAGCCUCGAAGAGAUGCUGCAGAAGGCCCGCGCUGCGAAGGCCACCGCGGCUCAGCGCGUCGAGCGCGAAGUGCGGAAAGCUGAAGCCUUGAAGGAGGCCGCGCGCCAGGAAGCCAUCUUCAGGCAGUACGACAAGGACAGCGAUGGGCUGCUCGAUGAGUCCGAGAUUCGAGCCUAUAUCGCUGGCGAGUACACCUUUCAGCUUGCAGAGGAGAAGCUCGCGCAGAUCCUUUCAGCAAGUCCCGACGGCGUUUCGCACGCGGAUUUCGCAAAGCUGAGGUCGCAGAUAAACGACGCCUGGAAUGAGGUCUUGAACAAGCAGAGGAAGGAGAAGAACGACAAGCAGAUGGCGAUGAUCAAGAGGAACUCCGCCGAGAUCCUGUCGGCCCUGAGCGGCGUUGAAAGCGAAGUCGCGAAGGCCGAGGCCCAGGUCCGGAUACUGGGCCCCAUGGUCACGCGUGGCGUGACCAUGCUGGACAUGCUUGGCGAGAGGACUGAGGCGGCGGAGAGUGCUGUCGAUGCUGCAAGAGACUUCUUGGCCGCUGCGAAGGAGCAGGCCUUGGCGUUGGGUGUCGACAGCAACUUCGAGACCGAGGCCAAGCAGAUGGCUGCAGUGGAGGCCAGGAAUCUGCAGAUGAAGGUUACGGCGCUUGAGAAUCGUGUCAACACGGCAGCGCACGUGUCGAAGGCCGCCCGGAGCAAAAUCCAGCUCCAGGAGCGGAAAGCGGCUCUCCUCAGGGAGGCGCCGGAGUUGAGAGCGGAUUGGAUUUAA